GCCCAGAGGGUUUGAGGGGGAGGAAGUUUCUGAGAAAUGAGGAAAUUUCUUCCCCAGCUGGGAAGGAUUUUAGGAUGGAGAGGUCGGGCCUAAAGUCCUCCUCCCAGCCCCGCCCUGCAAGGGGAACUCCAGCUGGGGGAAGAGGAGGCCCAGGGCAGCCCUGACCCGCGGGGUCCCCUCUCACCAGGGCCGGAGCCGGCGCAGGAAGAGGAGGUGAGCUGGAGGCCCCGGCUCGGCCAGCCCCGAGGAAUACUGGGAAAGGGCUCCUGGUGAGGCUUGGGGAAUGGGACACUGGAGUCGGUGCCCGAGGGGCGGCAGCUGGUAGGUGAAUUUGGGGGAGACGGGGGGACUCCCUAAGGUGCCCAGAAGCCGGGUGCCUGGGCCCCCAAAAGAAACAGAGCCUUGGAGGGGGGAGGGCUUCAGAAGCAGCCUGGGCCCGGCGAGGAACACCUGCCUCCCCAGGAGGGCUCUUUGCUUGAGGCCCCGCCCCCUCCUCAGACCCAAGUCCGGAGGCUUUCCCUGGUUAGGACGUUUUCCUGCCUGGAUUCCACCAAUUUCAAGAUUUGGGGUGUGGGGACCCCAUCUGUGGAGAAGGGGCCGUAGAAAGCAAGCCGGCUUCCCCCCGGCUCUGGGCAGCCUUGAAGCCGGCCACCUGGGCCCCCUCUCCUCUAGCCAGAAGCACGUGGGGCUCCCCGAAGUCCAGGCUUUCGCCAGGGACCCCAGGAGGGGCCGGGGAGGCUGCGAGUCCCUUGGGUUUCUCCACCCUCCUGAGUAUCCCCGGACUUUGUCCCGGCCCCACCCAGUGGCUGAGGGCUGGGAGCCGUCCCUGGGUCGCCACACUUAGAAGGGAAUCGGCACCACGUGGGGACCAGACAGGGCGGCCUCCCGGUGAUGUGGGGCUACCUGGCCCUGCUCCCCCUCUGCCUGGCGCUGUGGGCUACGGUUGGGGUCUGGACAAUCUUCGCUCUGGCCGUGUCCAACAAGACGGUGAAUCUCACGGAAGGCUUUCCUUACAUCAGCCUCUGUGGAUCGUUCCCGCCUCAGAGCUGCAUCUUCAGCCAGCUUCUGAACGUCGGGGCUGCCAUGGUGGCCUGGAUCUGCGUCCUGCGCUACGUCCAGUUCCGGGAAUGGGGCAUCCCUAAGUUUCCCAACCGGCUGUGUCUGGGCUCGGGCUUCCUCUGUGCCUUGGGGGCCUCCAUCGUGGGCAACUUCCAGCAAACCAACGAGCUCUCCACGCAUCUCUUUGGGUCCUUCCUGGCCUUCGUGGUGGGCGUGGCCUACUUCUGGACCCAGGUGGUGCUGCUGCGCCUGGCCAAGCCUCGGGCCCAGCCCGGAGCCCCCUGGAUCGAGCCCCUGCGCCUGCUGCUCUGCGGGCUCUGCACGGCCCUCAUGGUGGCCAUGAUCGUGCUGCACUUCUGGCCCCGGCGCUCCGAGGCGGCCGUGUGCGAGUGGUCCACGGCCAUGCUGCUCUUCGUCCUCUUCGGCCUCCUGGCCGUGGACUUUUCCGACACGACCGGCUUCGCCAUCAGCCUGCAGAGCAGGCCCCGCUCCUGCCCCUCGGGGGCCGCCCACGCGCCUUCCCUCUAGCCUCCCGCCCUGCGCGGUCCCCUCGCCGCCGGUCCCGAGGCGGCCGACGAGCUCCCCCUUCGACUCCGGCCCUGCCCUGGGCCUCGGCUCGCUGACCUCCGACCCGAGACCACGAGGGAAGCCGAACGGCGGCUCUCGUCUCCCGGGCGAGCUCGGGACCCCCGGCCCGUCUGCCGGGGCCACCGGAGACCGGACCUCGUUCUGCCCCCCAACCCCAAACUCUCUGGCUCUCGGCGCGGACCUCGGGGGGC